AGAGGCCUCGCCCUAUCUUGUUGGGUGGCUCAUCGGAUCAGAAUGAGGAAUGUGAUGAUGCAAUUUCCAUCAGUUUUGUCUGUAUUCUCUUUAUUCUAGACAGGCUUACGCUGAGACCGACUAGAGGGUUUGGUCAUCGCCACAGAAAGAAAACCUCGACGAACAGGUUUGGGGGACCGCCCUUCAACGAAACCCACGCUCAGCUAUAAGAAGAGCCGUCGUACUUCCUGACUGGCAGAGAAAACGAGGGCACGAAUAACCGCUAGUGAACCCAAAACAAAACAGCGCGGAACUAUUAACUCCGCUCGCACGGAAAAAUCACUUAGCAACCAAUAUUUACAGCGGCGCUACGAACAACAAGCCGCUUCUUUAAGCCGAUUAGCAGAGAAUUAGAGCAGCGCGAGCGCAGCGAAAACAAAAAAGAAAACAUCACCCGGUGCAUCAGACAAGGCAACCGGCGUCUUUGAUCUCACUCGACUUCACCAAAGAGCAAGACACACUCUUCAACCAUGCUGCAGUUGUCGUUGUCAGAGACCCCCACGCAGAAGAACUCCCUGUUCAACGCCAUGAACCGCUUCAUCGGAGCCGUCAACAACAUGGACCAGACGGUCAUGGUGCCCAGUCUGCUCCGGGACGUCCCUCUGGACGAGGACCGGGAGAUGAGCGCCGCCCUCAAGACGGACAUGGACGAUGAGGGCGACAUGUACAGCUACUACCAGCUGCUCAAGUCCAUCCGCAGAGACAUCGAGUGGGGCGUGAGGCGCGCCGCCGAGGAGGAGGAGAGGCGGAUGGAGGGCAUGGAGAUCACUCGAGCGAUCACCCGCGUGAACUCGACGACGUCGCUGGCAUCCACGUCGUCGUCGUCGUUCACGUCAUCGUCGUCCGAGGAGGAGGAUGAGGAGGAAGAGGACCUGCAGAAGCAGUUCCAGUUCCACCUUACUGGGCUCCACGGAAUACUGUCCAAGCUGACUGUGCAGGCCAACUCCCUGACCGACCGCUACCAGCAGGAGGUCGGUGUCGGUGUCGGAGGAUGGGGGCACUAAACUCCAGCCAACAGCCAAGGAUACUUCCUGUGGGACCUGGACGUUGUUCCCCCGAGUCAUUGUUAUGAGGACUCUAUAUGGCAAAGGGAACAUUAUAGCAGGUCAUGUUGCAACUACUGAUGAAAUGUAUUUAUUUGAAUGGUGGUAAAGCAGUCCUGUCUUUAGGCCUAUGCGGUGUUGGUCUGCUCUUUGGUAUACAAUGGUGUGGAUACUGGGAGAACAAAGAGUUGUGAACUUAAUUCCCAGGUUUCAUUACCUAAUAUGCACUAACGUUAAGGUUUUUAGCCUUUCACUUACAGCUAAAAUACUUAUGUAUACAUUCAACAUUGUAUAACAUGUAACCUCACACUGUAUUCUGUUCUACUUAUUUCAAACUCGUCUUUUUUUCGUAGUGAACUCAAAACAACCAUGUGGAACACCCCACUGGGGUAGACUGAUGAAGGACUUGGUUCCUCUGAUGAAACCAAUGAUGUCAGUGUUUGAUGGACAUGUCCGAGUACAAAGUCACUACUUUCUAAAUCAAUGUAUGUCUAUAAAUUGUGCCUGCGUGGAAGGAGGAAGAUGCUGGCUUGCCGCCUAUGAUCUCCCGUUGGCCUGCAUGAUCAAUGAUCUGGAAUUAACAGAAUACUCUGUCUGCACAGAGAAUAAUGAUGUUAUCCAUGAGAUCUAUUGUUGCCUUUUGCAAUUACAAAUGUAUUAUUUUGUUUUUUAUUAUUGGAAAUGUGUUCAAAUGUAAUAUAAGAAACAAAGCUGCUUGCUUAUUUUGUACUCAAAGUAUUUCUGAAAUAAACCUUUUUUUAAAAGCCA